UAAAUAUUACUCAAUUUUAGCUUUUCCUUUAAAUGUCUCACAUCAUCAUGAAACAAUCCAAGAUGAACUUGCAUUCCACUGUGGACCAGACAACCCUUAUGGCUUGUUUUUUUUUUUUUUUUACAGAAACCAGGCAGAAAGAGGUGGAGAGAGAGAGAGAGCCAAGCAGCCUGGAAGCAGCAGGAAAGAGGAACUUUGAUGUUGGUAUUCUGGCUUUGCAAGUGUAGAACUAGAAGAACAUGAAUUCAUUAUCUAUCAUAUGGAUUAUCGUAUUUGGACUUUAUCAUCUUUUCUACCAAUCUACGUCAGCUUUUGAGAUAAACGGUUUUGAUGAAACACUUGAUGAACCUAGAAUCCAGUGGAAGAGAAGUGUUAAUGGAACUGAAGAAGAUUUAAAUAGAAAACAUGUAAUUCCAAUAGUGGUAAUAGUGGUAAUGCUGACAUUUCCUGUGCUUGGUAUUAUUGUAUGGUUAGUAUAUGUAAAAAUAAAGCAGAAGAAGAAAGUGGUUCACGAUGUUGAAAACCCACCGGUGGCAGCACAGCCAGAGGAAACAUCUCCUGAAAGCCCCAACAGUUCUGCGCUGAAAAAAUGUAAGAGAAAGAAGCAGAAGAAAGAAGUUGCUGAUGCAAAGGAACCACCAAUGACAGCUGAGCUUAAGCAUAAAGCAAAGGCAGCUGAAGAUGUUAUUAGGUCUGUGGAAACAGUAGAUAAUAUUGAGACGCCUUCUGAGGCAGCACAGCCAGAGGAAAACACAAAAACUGCUAAAAGAUCUGUGAAUAAAGAAAGAAGGCGAAAGAAGAAGAUAAAGAAACCAGUUGUGAAAGUAGAGAACCUACCAGUGACUGUACAGUCUGAAGCAGCAACUGAAAGCCCUAAUAGUGAAAAGAAAGAGAAAAAAGAGGCCCCUUCCAGCAUUCCAGAACCUAAAAGUGGUGCUUUUUCACCAGUUAAUGCUUUCAGCUUACUGGAGUCUUUGGUGUUGUUACCGAAAAAACCUUCUGAGAAUAAGAAACGUAAAAAGGUACUACGUUCAAUGACCAUCGAGGAGAUUAUAGAUAAUAAAGAAAAAGGAGAAGGCUUGCAGGAACAAUUGAAGGACAUAAAGAGCAAGUCAUCCACUGCUCAAAACCUCAACAUUUCAGUGUUAUAUAAAAAUAUUGAAGACGACGACAUGGAGGAGGACAGAGCCCCUUCACUGAAAUUUGAGUUAGAAACGUCCUCAUUCCUGCCACAGACUUUAGAGCCUUCAAAACCUGAUAUAGUAAUAGAGAUACCGGAGGACUCUGAAAUUGUAAUAGAGACACCGAAGAACUCUGAAACUGUAAUAGAGAUACCGGAGGACUCUGAAACAGAAAAACAAAUUGAAGAGAAACCUAUUCAACCAACUGGGAACAUCUGUGGCAAUGAGGAAGAUGAGCUUUUAUUGCAAAUGGAGCUCUUGUUACUAUUAUUGACAUGUUUACAUCAGUCUGCAGAACCAGACACUGAAAAGCAACUUGUACAUGUUGAACCAAGAGAAGAUACAUGUGGUGAUGAAGAACUUCUAUGUGAAACGGAGUUCUGUUUCAUAUUAAUAUUGACGUCGAUUUAUAAAUCAGCAGAACCUAAGCGUGAAAAGCAACUUGUACAUGUUGAACCAAGAGAAGAUACAUGUGGUGAUGAAGAACUUCUAUUUGAAGCAGAGUUCUUUUUAUUAUUAAUAUUGGCGUCGAUUUAUAAAUCAGCAGAACCUGAGCGUGAAGUGGAACCUGUUACCGAAGAUGCUGACAAGAAAGAUGAACCUUCAUUGCAAGAAAAGGAAAAAACACCUAGACAAGUUUGCAAAUAUUAUAGAUUUAACAAAACCACACCAAAAACCACACCAAAAACCACAGCUAUCAAAAUGUAUGAGCCUACGAAAAGAUCAUGGCGGAAAACAAAAGUCUGCAAAUUGUACGGUCCUGGCAGAAGCAUACAGCGGAAAGGAAAAUUUCAUGAGCCUGACAAGAAAGAUAAGGAGUAAAGAAAGAAUUUUGCAAAUAAUAAGAGAACAGAAUUAUAUAGGAUUAUAUAUAAGAAACGUAUUUUUAAACUUCAAAAAGUGAUAAUAUAACAAUAAAGUUAUUGACUGCAUACAUUGUUUUUUAUUCCUGUAAUAUUAUGUACUAGACAUUAAGCCCGUUAAAUUAACGGGCGCUAGAACA